AUGGCUGUGUUUAACUCCAACUGUCCCCGAUAUGACUAUGAUUGUCCCCAUAUGACUAUGAUUGUCCCGUAUGGCUAUGAUUGUCCCCGUAUGGCUAUGAUUGGCCCGUAUGGUUAUGAUUGUCCCCGUAUGGCUAUGAUUGUCCCGUAUGGGUAUGAUUGUCCCCGUAUGGCUAUGAUUGUCCCGUAUGGGUAUGAUUGUCCCCGUAUGGCUAUGAUUGUCCCCGUAUGGCUAUGUUUGUCCCGUAUGGCUAUGAUUGUCCCGUAUGGCUAUGAUUGGCCCCGUAUGGCUAUGAUUGUCCCGUAUGGCUAUGAUUGUCCCCUAUAUGGCGAUGAUUGUCCCCGAUAUGAUUAUGGUUGUCCCCGUAUGGCUAUGAUUGUCCCGUAUGGGUAUGAUUGUCCCCGAAUGGCUAUGAUUGUCCCGUAUGGCUAUGAUUGUCCUGUAUGGCUAUGA